AUGUUCCUCUCACCUGCAACUGCAUUAAGAGUGCCAACCAAACCGAAAUAUCCUGGUGAUCCGCUUCGAGCAGGCGAGAUCAGGGUCUUGCGGCUGCAGCCUGGCAAAUGGACCGACGCCAUCGUUUGCGAACUCUCCAACGCUAAGAUCGGAUCCGAGCAAUACCGAACACUAUCUUAUGUAUGGGGCUCGCAGUUUUACCAGCGCUUCGUCCGACUCAAUGGUCGUAGCUAUCCCAUAACCUUGAAUUUGGAAAGUGCGCUGAGAAAUCUACGAGCAAAGUACGAUACAGGGCUAAUCCUUUGGGUUGAUGCGUUAUGCAUUGACCAGGCGAAUGGCGAAGAAAGGACACAUCAGGUUCAGCUUAUGGGGCGCAUUUAUGCGAAUUGCCAGGAAUGUCUCGUAUACCUGGGGCAGAGCCUCGACAGCACUGUUGGAGCAUUGAUUGAGCCAACAUCUGUUCUAGACUUUGGGAAUUAUCGCACGCAUGUCCAUGCUCAAACCACGUUGAAGCCAAGUCACAGGCCAGGACUAUACGAAGUUUUUGAGUUCUUCUAUAAGUUGAGCGAGUCCAAUCACUUGCACGAAACCUUGCCCGCUCCUAGUGGGCAGGAAAAAGCAGACACGAAUUCCAAGAAUCACAAGAGUUACAGGAACAGUAUGCACUUUUUUGAGACGCUGCGAAUGUUCAUGCAUGCUCCAUUUACGCCCUGGUGGACCAGAAUAUGGGUAAUACAAGAAGUGGCACUUCCUCCCAAAGUCGUCAUCUUCUAUGGUACAAUUUCCGCGCCAUGGACCAUGUUCGCUAAGGCCACGAAAAAUUACCGACUUCACAGUAGUUCAUGCUGCCGUAGGUUUAUGCAUAAACUGCCUCGGGACGAAGAAACUGUUGUGCACAACAGUUUCGAGAUAAUGUCAAAGGUAGAGGAUCUCCGACAGCGUUACCAUAUGCGUCAUUUAGGAAUGGAUUACUUGGGACUGUUGGAAUUGCUAAGGCUGUUCCGAGACAAGAAGGCAUCUGACCCCAAAGAUAAGGUGUUCGCUCUCCUUAGCAUGGUGGAAGUUGUGCCUGGUAGAGAACCACUGGUACCAGAUUACUCGCUGAGCGAAAAAGAAGUCUAUCUUCAAGCAACGCUGGAGUCAAUAUACUCGACCAAAUCGCUUUCCGUGUUUAGUACGGAACUGGGAAGGAAGUUCAGAAGUGACCUGCCAUCGUGGGUUCCGGAUUGGGGUGCGCCGGGAAGCCAUACAUAUGAUUGGCGAGCAAAAACGAUAAAAUAUUACAACGCAUGCGAAAGAGAAGCCACGCCGGAUUCAAUAAUUCCGAUAGGAAGUUUCAAACAUCACGAAAAAUUAGAAUGGUUAAAAGGCGACAGAGGAAUGUACAUGAAGGACAAACUUAGCUUACAAGGCCUGAGAAUUAUGCGAGUGGAGAAGGUGGGGGAGAUCAUGUGGGGGGACGACCCUCAUAGCAGCCGGCACACACUCUUACAAUGGUGUCGCAUGACAGCGUUCCUGGAGAAUACGCUGCCGGUGGAUACUGAAAAUAUGCAGCCAUCGCAGAGAGUUUCCCUGUUCAAGUUCUGGAGAACCAUGUGCGCCGAUGUAAUCCACGAACACGUAACAACGGAUAGUAUUCGGAGAGUGCUCGCCGAAGACAUGUCCACUUUUGAAAAAUGGAUGAUAUGCUCGAACAUGUCACCUUUCAGCAAUGCAGAAGACAGACGGCAAGCUAAGUUCCGGUCCAUCAAAGCAGAGUUAUGGAGUCUUUUCCUCUUUGUAUGGCCGACAGUACCGGACAAAGGCAAGCCGCAUGCACCAGAAAGCUCGUAUGUUCCCACACACUUGAAGGACCGCCAAAUCGUGUACAAUGCGCUGCUUGAUUUGAUUCAAGCCGACCGACCGAGUUUCCAAGGUGGUUGGGGAACGGCUAUGGAAAGUGGGUUGUGGGGAAGAGCCCACCGAUGUGCGGCUGAUAUACUCACGAGCUAUUACGGGCCUAAUACCGAUCUAUACAUGGAUAGAGAAUGGAGUCAGGUUCCAAGUAUAGAGCGGUCGGUGAGCAUAGCAACAUUGUCGCGACGGCUGAUCUGCGGUGAUGGGCUAGUUGGGCUGGGCCCAGCGGACAUGGCCGUUGGAGACGAAAUAUUUCUCCUGCCUGGAGGAAAGACACCAUUCGUCUUACGUUUACUGAACCAUGACUUGGUUGAUGUGAAUGGCGAGGAGACAGUGUAUAGGCCUAAUUACGAGAUCAUCGGCGACUGUUACUUGGAUGGGUGGAUGGAUGGAGAUGCGCAAGUCGGCUCACGAGCAUGGACCGACAUUGUGAUUGUGUGAAGUGCUAUCAAGUGGCUGAGCCGAGGAGAUGUGUGGGUAGCACUAGGCCGUCGUGUUGAGUACACAUAUGGCCUGAAAUGUCAUUGAGUAGGGGAUUGUUUCCGUAGUAAGCAGCCAGAUGACGUCAAUCG